CACCACCCAGUGAGCCAGGAAUAAAAGGAGGCUGGAGUAGAGGGAACAGUUACACUCCUGUGUUCUGCAACUCUAAGCCUGACACAGCUACCAUGACCUCCUACAGCAUUCGCCAGACAAGCUCCUCCGGCUCUUACAGAGGCUUGGGUGCCCCUGUUGGAGUUGGAAGAGUUUCCUACAAAGCCCCAAGUGUCCAUGGUGGCUAUGGGGGCCAGGGUAUCUCUGUGUCUUCUGCCAGGUUGGUUUCCUCUGGCAUAGGUGGGGGCCUUGGUGGUGGUAGCUAUGGAGGUGGUAGCUAUGGAGGUGGUAGCUAUGGCAGUGGGUUUAGCAGUGGUUUUGGUUCUGGAUAUGGUGGUGGGCUUAGUGUCAAUGUAUCUGGGGAUGGCCUGCUGUCUGGCAAUGAGAAGGAGACCAUGCAGAAUCUUAAUGAUCGGCUGGCAUCAUACCUGGAUAAGGUGCGCACCCUGGAGACCGCCAAUUCAGGCUUGGAGCUGAAGAUCCGGGAGUGGUAUGAAAAGCAGGGACCCAGCCCUUCCAGCGACUACAGCAAUUAUUUUAAAAUCAUUGAGGACCUCAGAGGCAAGAUUCUUGAUGCCACCGUUGACAAUUCCAAGAUUGUGUUGCAAAUUGAUAACGCCAGGCUGGCUGCAGAUGACUUCAGGACCAAGUAUGAGAAUGAGUUGGCCCUCAGACAGAGUGUGGAAUGUGAUAUCAAUGGCCUGCGCAAGGUCUUGGAUGAGCUGACCUUGUGUAGAACCGACCUGGAACUCCAGAUUGAAAGCCUGAAGGAAGAGCUGGCUUACCUGAAGAAGAAUCAUGAAGAGGAAAUUAAUGCAAUUCGUGGCCAAGUCAGUGGACAAAUUAGCGUUGAAGUGGAUGCGGCGCCAACGGUGGACAUUACUAAGAGAUUGACAGAAAUGAGAGACCAAUAUGAGCUCUUGGCAGAAAAGAACCGCAGAGAUGCAGAGGAAUGGUUCUUCGCACAGUCCGAGGAGUUGAACAAAGAAGUGGCAACCCAUACAGAACAGAUUCAGACCAGCAAAUCGGAGAUCACAGACCUGAGACGCACAAUCCAGGGCCUGGAAAUAGAACUGCAGUCACAGCUCAGCAUGAAAGCCGCAUUGGAAAACACACUUGGGGAAACAGAAGCCCGUUAUGGAGCCCAGCUAUCGCAUAUACAGAACAUGAUCAGUAGCUUAGAAGCACAGCUUGCGGACCUCCGAAGUGACAUGGAGCGGCAGAACCACGAAUACAAGAUGCUCAUGGACAUCAAGACCCGUCUGGAGAAAGAGAUCAGUACCUAUCGUCAGCUACUAGAAGGGCAUGAAAUUGGUGGAGGAACACAUAACGAUGCUAAAAUCGGAGGGAAGUGAGGCCACUUGUGGACCUGAGACAGCCUGCAAUCAAGCCCACCUUCACUAAUCGCGCAGAAAAAGCUUAUGAGGAGAACAUCACACAAGGAAUCCCUUACUCUUUCCACUGCCAGAGUAAAGGUCGAGCACCUUGAGACCAGAAGUCCCUAGAAAAUGAUGAUGCUUUAGAAAUUCUCUUGCUUAACCUCACUAGUUUACAUGCUUCAGCUGUCUUAAUAAAUUCACGUUUUUGGGCCAAGCAUUUAAAAGCAA